UUAGUUUUCACAACACUGCAUUGAACAUCUAAAAUAAUGGCUGUUGUUGGUGGAACAUUUCGUAUAGUAUCAGAAGAUGAACAGACACUCAGGGCUAAGCUUGAGCGUCUCACAGUGAAAGACCAUGGGCCAGUGUUCGGACCUUGUGCCAAGCUGCCUGACCACACCGUACAAAAGGCCAAAGAUGAGUUGAAUGAGACGGAGGAGAAAAAAGCAUUGGCUGUGAAGGAGCUACGGGACAUCAUGAAGGGGAAAGCGGACAGUGGAGAUGAGCUGGCCAAGUCAGUGCAGGACAGUUUUGGCAAGAAAUCUGACACCCUUCUUGUAAGAUUCAUUAGAGCAAGAAAAUAUGACAUAAACAGAGCUUUUGAACUCAUGAAGGGGUACAUACGUUUCAGGCGAGAUUACCCAGAGCUCUUUGAGAACCUGAGUCCGGAGGCUGUACGAAGCACUAUUGAAGCUGGUUACCCAGGAAUCCUCACCUGCAGAGACAAGUACGGCCGUGUAGUGCUGCUCUUCAACAUAGAGAACUGGGACUAUGAAGAGAUCACGUUUGAUGAGAUUAUCAGGGCCUACUGUGUAAUCUUGGAGAAGCUGUUGGAGAAUGAAGAGACUCAGAUCAAUGGCUUCUGCAUUAUUGAAAACUUCAAAGGUUUUACAAUGCAGCAAGCGUCUGGCAUCAAACCCACAGAGCUAAAGAAAAUGGUGGACAUGUUGCAGGACUCCUUUCCUGCUCGUUUCAAAGCAGUUCACUUCAUUCACCAGCCUUGGUACUUCACCACCACCUACAAUGUGGUCAAGCCAUUGCUGAAAAGCAAACUACUGGAUAGGGUGUUUGUACAUGGAGAUGACCUGGAAACCUACUACAAGGAGUUUGAAGCUGAAAUCCUGCCUGCAGAGUUUGAUGGGAAAGGUCCCAACUAUGAUGGCAAGGCCAUAGCGGCGAAACUUUUUGACUGAUACUCAAUACUGUAACUAUAAGGAAACGUCUAUUUUUGGCAUGUGGAAUCAAUAGACUCAGUCAGAAUGUUUGCAAAUAAAGGGCCAGCACUUCCAGGUUCUAAAUAUUUUAUUACAUGCCAUUAAUGAUGCAUGGGGUAGACUUUUAGCAUAUGUGCUUAUGUGGUAAACUACAGAGGCAGAUCUUUUCUUACAGUAUUAAAAAUUCUAGUUAUUUAUCAACAGUCUGACAUGUUUUCAUUUGUGAGCAUUAAAA